CAUUUGGGGGAUAUCUGUACUGUCCUGACAUUUGGGGGAUAUCUGUACCGUCCUGACAUUUGGGGGGAUAUCUGUACUGUCCUGACAUUUGGGGGAUAUCUGUACCGUCCUGACAUUUGGGGGAUAUCUGUACUGUCCUGACAUUUGGGGGAUAUCUGUACUGUUCUGACAUUUGGGGGA